AUGUUGCCUCCACCAUCUUCACUGCUGCCGCCGCUGCUGCUUCAAGUCGGUAUACAGCUCUGCAUCGCAUUCACGGUGCUCGUCUUCUGGUUCUUCUGUAUGUAUUUACAUGUCAAACUCUCGGAUAACACCGCUGCCGCUGAGCUGCCAUCGGGCGAUGCUGCAGCGGCCAACAAUGGCCUGAAGAAGAAGGUCCUGAAGUACCUUCCGAAGCUGACCUACGCCGCCAACAACGACAACCUCUCCGACUGCGCAAUUUGCCUGGCCGAGUUCGCCACCGGAGAUGAACUCCGGGUGCUUCCUCAGUGCGGUGAAGUACCUUCCGAAGCUGACCUACGCCGCCAACUACGACACCCGCUCCGACUGCGCAAUUUGCCUGGCAGAGUUCGCCACCGGAGAUGA